AUGAAUAUUAAAUACGACAUACAAGAAACACUUGCUAGCGGCAGUACAUCAAAAGUGAAACGAAUUCUGACUAUUGACAAUAUUGAAUAUGCCAUUAAAAUAAUGCCUAAAAUGCUAAAAGAUAUCAAAUCUUUUAAUAAGGAAAUAUCAAUUCAUAGAUCAUUAAAUCAUCCUAAUAUAAUAAAAUACAUUGAUUCAUAUGAAGAUAAAGAUAAUUAUUAUAUGGUUAUGAAUCUGGCAAAAUUCGAGCUAUAUACUUUUAUUGAGUGUGAUGUUGGUAUAAAUCCGUUAGUAGUACACUUUUUAAUUAAGCAGUUAAUUUCAGGGGUGGAAUAUUUACAUAGUAAAGGUAUCUGUCAUAGAGAUAUUAAACCCGAAAAUCUUCUAAUAGAUGCUGAUGGAACACUUCUUAUAUCUGAUUUUGGAUAUUCUACAUUUUUUAGAUAUAAAAAUAAAUAUAGAAGAUUGAAAUUUUUGGCUGGUAGCAAAGAAUACAUGGCUCCUGAGGUUGCAAUGGAAAAUUACGAUGGAGAGCUAUGCGAUGUAUGGUCUUUAGGGAUUCUUUUAAUUGUUUUACUCACAGGAACUCUUCCGUGGGAUGCUCCUAUACCAAGUGAUCAGCGCUUUAAAACGUUUAUCUCUAUGAAAUACCACUAUUAUCCGCCUUUUACAAAAAUCCGAGAUAAGAUUCUCGAUUUAAUUAAAAAAAUUUUAGUAGUAGAAAAAAGAAGAUUUACGUUAGAAAUGGUAAAAGACCAUUCUUGGAUUAAAGAAGAAAGUUCUGUGGCCAGGGAUACACUAUUCAGUUUGAUGCCUAUCAAAGAUAGUUGUAAACUGGUUUUUACCCAACCUGAUGACAAUCAAAGACUUAUUGCUGGAUCAGAUCUUAAAUUAAGUCAGCCAAUAAAUAAUUGCAAUCAAAUCUGCGAGCAAAAAAGAUUUUAUAAAAAAGGGAAUAUGGUGGAAAUAAAAAAUGAAGUUACAGAUCUUUUAAAAUGGAUGGUUGUACCACAUAAAAUUCUAGAAGAUGGUAUAUCUUUUAGUACUACUGACACUAAAAGAGGGGUGUUAAGAGGAGAUAUAAUUUUUACAAAAGUAGAAGAUCAUUGUUACAUCACAUUUAGAAAGAUAAAAGGAGAUUUUAAAGAAUUUAAAAAAUUUUUAGGAGCAUUUGCUGAUAAUUUUAGUGAAGAUAAUAAUUAA